GUUUCCCCAGUUUGUUCCCUUUGAUUUUCUUCAACAUUUUCCCCGAUUUGGGUUCUUUUUCGUUUGCUCUGUUCUUCCGUUGCAUCAAGAAAAUGGAUAAAGAUAAUCAGCAGAAGGAAGGAAAUCGAGGAAAAGCACCAACAGGAUCAAUGGGGCGCCAAGAUUUUUCAAGCAAUUAUCCUCCUGUUAAUCAAGACCAAAAUGUCUAUAACAACCCUUCUGAAGUUCAUCCUGGUGGUUCUCUGAUUGAUGAUGAUGAUGGCGGUUAUGAUUCCCAGGGUAACCUAAAGAGGAGAAGAGAAGAAGCUGUUUGUGAUGAUUCUUCUGCUGGGUCGAAGAAAAGUAUGCUUUCCAUUGCUGUUGAUUGGGAAAAUACUGCUGGCUCGAAAUAUAUAAGGGGUUUGGCUCGCCGCCUUGGUUUGCUAGAUGAUGGAAGUAAAAUCCGCCCAAUUUCUCAUCCUGGUGAUUCAUCUUCUUCUCAGAUUCUCCCUGUUUCACAGAGCACAGAUAUCCGUUCUUCUAAUGAUCCGCUGGUUGAUAAUCUUCGCCGAGAAAAGGGGAAGAUGCCUGUGGAAAUGAGUACUGAUUCAGGGCAAUUUACAGAGGCCCAGAAAGAUGAGUUACAAGAAGCUUUCUCAAGCUUUGACAAAGACGGUGAUGGUAGUAUCACCCCAGAUGAACUUGGAUCGUUGAUGAGAUUAUUUGGAUUGAAUCCCAGUGAAGCUGAAGUUGGAGAUAUGCUCCAAAAGGUUUCUACUGCCAGGAAGGAAAGACUUGCUGCUUUCAACAUACAUGAUGUUAGUCCUGAUGAUCAGAGUGUAAAGAUUGAUUUCAUGGAGUUCCUGGAAUUGAUGAAGCAGAAAACCACUGAUUUGGAGUUUGAGUUUUUCAACCAAAUAGACGAGGACAGAGAUGGUUAUAUCAGUACAGAUCAACUGAUGAGAGCAUUGGUAGAGAUUCAGAUUCCCAUUGUUGCUGAGGUUCAGGGCAUGAUGAAUCAGGUAAAUUCUGAGCUGGGAGGAAAAAUUGGUUUCAAUGAGUUCGUGAAAUUGUUGGACCAAAUCUUUGAGAUUACAGCCUCUGAGGAAGAACUUAUAAAAAGUUUUGAGGAAUUUGACAAGGGCAAAAAAGGCUUCAUUUCCGCUGCCGAUCUCCGCCAUGUGAUGACCACCUAUGGGGAUACGCUGACUGAUGAAGAAGCUGAUGAAAUGAUAAAGGAAGCUGAUCCUGAUGAUACCGGUAUUAUCGACUAUAAGGAGUUUGUGAAUAAGAUGUGUGGCAAACAGUAA